AAUUUGACAGUUAUUAGGUCUGUCAGAUAAUUCAUGGGUGUUAACGGACGGUUUUCAAAGUACCUGAAUCAGACCACAAACUUUUGUUCUGUAACGCAAGCUAAGAUGCACAAAUCAAGGUUUACUAGUAGUAAAUCGAAAAUGUACCGUUGCUCGGCUCAGGCAGGACUUCUAAAGAGGAAGCCUCACAAUUACGUACUGAAUUAGAAACGGUUCAAAUCUCCCCUCCCCAAAGCCACGCCUACGUUUAUCUCCUCAUGCAGCUGCAGUAAAUCUUUUCAUUUAUUUGGUUUGCUCUGGAAAGUUGUCUGAUUUCUCUAGCAGCUUACACUCGGAAAGCUUCUGAAGGCCUGCCUACAGCAUUAAGAACUUUGUGUGCCUUUGUUUUUAAAGUGUUCCCUCCACUGCAUGUUACAGUAAAGCCUAUGUUUGGGAUUUUGAUCCUGUGUUUUCUCUGACCUCAUAAAUGGUUAACCUUGGUGGACGUCUCUGAAAACAUUAUUCUUCUGUGAAGGAUUGUUUGAUUCCUACAAGGCAAAAUGAAUGGAAAUGUGUCAAACUGCAGUAGUUCCAAUGUAGUCUUUGCAGUCUUCCAGCAAAGGUAUCUACCGCCUAUGUUCGGCGUUGAAUUUUUGUUGGCUGUAACUUGGAAUAGCUUAGCAAUAUGGUUGUUUUUCACUCGUGAAAAAAACUGGCACUCUGGCAUAAUUUAUUCCUUUAACUUAGCCAUGGCAGAUCUUUUGUAUGCCCUCUCCCUGCCACUGUUGAUUACAUACUAUGCCUGGGUAAAGAACUGGACUUAUGGUAAAGGCCUCUGCAAACUGGAACGAUUCGUGUUCAACAGCAACCUUUAUGGCAGCAUUUUCUUCAUUACCUGCAUCAGCCUCAAUCGUUAUAUUGGAAUAGUGCACCCCUUCUUUGCCCAUAGCAAUAUCGAACCAAAGCAUGCCAAGAUAAUUAGUGUGAUAGUAUGGAUGUUGGUGUUUGUGAUCAACCUGCCUGUUCUGGUGUUCUCCACAAUACAGCCCACUUUGGUUAAUAAUGCUACUCUGACCGAAUGUAUAGGCUCUGCUGUGGACGUUAGACUUAAGGACUACAUCCCAUAUAGCUUGUUUAUGGCUGUCUUUGCCUGUGGGUUGCCAUUUAUAAUAACAUUUUCAUGUUAUGUUGCCAUUGUGUGGACUGUAUACAAAAAUGAAAAUAUUACACUGGCAGAAAAGAAAAAAAUUGGUGCAAUGAUCUUCAUUGUGGUCUCAUUGUAUGCCAUCUCUUAUGUACCUUAUGUAGUCUUAAGGAACAUUAAUCUAUAUAGGAGAACACAGUGUAAUGAUACUGCUGUGAAAGACACUUCUGUCUUUAUUCAUUCUUCCUACCAAGUGACCAAAGGCCUGGUCACACUAAAUAUGUGCAUCCAUCCUUUGUUGUACGCAGCUGUGACAGACAGUAUGAGAACUUUGUGUGCCAAAUGUGUUGGUAAGAAGCCUGUUAGACACUCCGUUAUAGACUCAGUCAAUCAUCCAUUAUGA